AUGCGCUUACACAGCAAUCUAGAAUCAGUUAAUGAACAAGAAACUGCCUCAUUUGCUAAAUGGAUUCAGGACGUUGGAGAUGGAAUUAUAGGUGAUGAAAACGAUGCUUAUGCUACAAUUCAAAUUCCUGCUCAUCUACUCAUUACUGAAUAUGAUGAUCCAAUCAAUGCUAUAGUCAAAUCAACAUUCCCAGACUUAGAUCAGCACCACAAUAAUCCUCAAUUCUUUAAAUCUAAGGCAAUACUAGCUUCAACAAAUGAAACAGUAGAACAGAUCAAUCAUUACGUACUAUCCUUCAUUCCAGGUGACCACAUGGAAUAUCUAAGCUCUGAUUCCGUUGACAAAUCAGAAACCAGUGAAGAUUCGCAUUUCCAAUCAAUUACUACUGAAUUCCUUAAUUCAUUGAACACAUCCGGUUUGCCAACUCAUUCUAUCAAACUUAAAAUUGGAAGUCCUAUAAUGCUCUUAAGGAACCUCGACCAAAAUCAAGGUCUAUGUAAUGGUACUAGAUUAGUAGUAACAAAGAUGGCAAAACAUUGGGCUUCUCUUGAUGACUUGGCCCCUAGCAAGGAUGCUGAUACGGUGAACCCCCUUGGUUGA